UGCUGGCUGGGUCCAGCCGAUGACCCGUGUACAUAUCAGUGCAAUCGCCCAGUGUUACUUAAGACCGAGCACUUCAACACUCAAACAUUGGGUGCGACGGACCUUGGCUCUGGCUAGGGUGGGAUAUCUGAACUGUCAAAUCGUCUCCAUGCUGAUGUCGGUUAUGGUAGUGACUGAACAUUGA